UUUUGUCCUGGAGGGUUUUUUUCCUCAGGGCGGGAGGGGGAGGAGGAUUGCCCUCUGACCUCUCCAAGGUUGACCAAGGGGGCCUUUGAGCAAUGAGGGCCCAGGAGCAGCUUUAAAUCCACUCCUUUUCUUUUCUCUUCUGCCUUACUUUGCCCGCUGAGCCCCAAGGAGGAGAUUUGUGUGGAUACGGAGAGAAGGAGCCCCACCGCACCCACCCCCCACCCCUGCCAAGCCCCUCACCGCAGAGCGACGUCAAGACCACGCCAAGAUGGCCGCCCCUUCCUGACGGAAUCCAGCUUCCCAUUGGCUGGCCGGUGACGGUGACAAGGCUGCCGCUGCUGCCCCACCACACGCGGGCUCCCGCCACCCUGCGCUAACCCCCAUCGCCCGCCCAGCCGCCCCCAGGAGGUGAGGGGCGCGCCCCACAUUAGCAAGGAGGGCGCCCGGAAUGGCGGCGGUCGGUUUCGACGACUUCCCGGGGCCCUGCUCGGAGCUGGCCCUCCCCCCACUCUUCGGAGGCAACAUCUUGGAGAGCGAGCUGGAGCAGGAGGUGGAGUUCACGGACUCGGGUCUGCACGAGGGUCGGGGCAGGGAGGAGGAGGUGCAGGACGAGGAAGAGGAGGGCGACGAGGAGGAAGACGAGGAGGAAGACGAGGAGCAGGUGCUGCGGCGACGCCGGGAGGCGUACCGCCACAAAUACCACGCUCUCCUGCGCCGUUGCAAAGAGAUUGAGUUGGUCAAUGAGAUGUUGCUAAACCGCUUGGAGUGCGUUGGAAAAAUAACUCAUAGGUUCAAGCAAGAACGAAGGUCAGUGAUCCCUGGGUUAGAGAGAGGGGGGGAAAUCAGGCAGUGAUCCCUGG